AUGAACAUUCUUUCUCGUCUGAAGCCAGCAGCGUCGAAGUCCUCAACCUCCAAAGAUGCACAAUCCAAGAAGCAGAUGCCCAAGUUGGAGAAAUUCCUGGAGGAGAGAGACUACAAUGGAGCCAUCACCCUCCUAGAGUUUGAUAGGAGCAGCGGGAAGGGAACCAACGAAACCGACGAGUGGCUGGGGUAUUGUGCCUUUCAUCUGGGGGAUCACAAGCUCGCUCUUCUCGAAUACGAUGCCAUCACGAAGAAGAUGAAGAAACCCCCAGAGCACAUUUGGCUUCAUUUGGCAUGCUGCUACUUCUUCCUCGGCAUGUACCAGGAAUCCGAUCAGGCUGCGAAGAAGGCAGGGAAGAGUCAGCUGAAGACGCGUCUCCUGUUCCACCUCUCGCACAAGUUCAACGACGAACAGCGCCUCAUGGAAUAUCACAAGCAGCUGGAGGACAUAAUCCCCGACCAGCUGAGCCUCGCAUCCAUCCACUACCUCCGCUCGCACUUCCAGGAGGCCAUCGACAUCUACAAGCGGAUCCUCCUCGAGAACAGGAGUUAUUUGGCUCUGAACGUAUACAUCGCCCUCUGCUACUACAAGCUGGACUACUACGACGUAUCCCUCGAGAUGCUGGCAGGCUAUCCCAACGACUCCCUCAUCGUCAUGAACUUAAAGGCCUGCAACCACUUCCGUCUCUACAACGGGAAAGCCGCAGAGCAGGAAAUACGCCCUCUCUUGGAUCGCCCUUCAAAGACCUUUCAAUAUGGCAUGGAUUUGGUGAAGCACAAUCUCGUGGUAUUUCGCCACGGCGAGGGAGCACUUCAGAUUCUCCCACCUCUCGUGGAUGUGAUCCCUGAAGCCAGGUUGAACCUGGUGAUCUUCCACCUCAGGAACGACGAGGUCAAGGAAGCCUACGAGCUGAUCAAAGACCUGGAGCCGACGGUCCCGCAGGAAUACAUCCUGAAGGCCGUCGUGAAUGCCGCCAUGGGGCAGCUCUCGGGCUCGAGGGAACAUCUGAAGACAGCACAGCAGUACUUUCAACUGGUGGGCGGCAGCGCGAGCGAGUGCGACACGAUCCCCGGCCGCCAGUGCAUGGCGUCGUGCUUCUUCCUCCUGCGGCAGUUCGAGGACGUCCUGCUGUACCUCAGUUCCAUCAAGUCGUACUUCUACAACGAUGAUGUCUUCAACUACAACUAUGCCCAGGCGAAAGCUGCGACCGGAAACUACAAGGAAGCGGAAGAGGUGUUUCUCAUGGUCCAGAGCGAGCAGCUGAAGAACGACUACGCCUACCUCGGUUGGCUCGCCAGAUGCUAUAUCAUGAACAAGAAGCCGUGGAGUGCGUGGGAGAUGUACAUGAAGAUGGAAACCUCGACCGAAUCCUUCAGCCUUCUCCAGGUGAUCGGGAACGACUGCUAUCGGGUGGGCCAGUUCCUGUACGCGGCGAAAGCGUUCGACAUCUUGGAGAGGAUGGAUCCGAACCCGGAAUACUGGGAGGGGAAACGGGGGGCAUGCGUCGGGGCGUUCCAGCAGGUCCUGGCCGGACAAGAGACCAAGUGGGUU